ACAGAUUUUUAAUAUUAGAAUUUACAGGAAAUGUACUUCUGUUCUUUUCCUUUUGACUUUCUGUGAAUAGAAAUUUAUACCAAGCUUAAAGCAUAAGUUAUUCUUUUUUGCUUUCUGCUGAAUAAGAUUUUUCCAGAUAAUGUCAGAAGGAGAUUCAUAUAUAUUGUUUCAACCUGCUUCUUAAUCAGUAAGAACUAGUGUCAAUUUUUUAUGGUUUUAUUGGAGACAUUACUUCUGUUGCCAAAUGACAAAAUUGCUCUGAUAAUAGAAGACUAAGCUGGUUGAAGGGGUUUGGCUUAGUUAACAUGCCAAAGGUUAAGUGAAGCCCAUGAUAACAUCCAUCAUUUGAUGACAAUAGUUUUGGCUGUUCAGAUUGCUGCUUGUCAAUGAGCACGAGAAGAUUACUGAUGGCAGCUUCAGCUGAAGAAUAUGCGGCGUUUGAAGAAAGGGUGAGAAGAACAGUCUAUAUGGAUAACCUGUCACCUCAGGUGACAGAGAAUGUUCUGAAAGCCGCUUUGGAUCAAUUUGUCAAUGUCGUAAAUGUCCAAUUCAUUCCCAACUAUAUCAACCCACAGAGCCUCCCACGAGCUGCUUUGGUGGAGAUGGAAACUCUGAAUCAGGCCUCUGCGAUCAUUGCUGAGAUUGCUGAUUCCCCUUUUAUGGUUCUUGGGAUGCCAAGACCUGUCAGAGCAUGCGCUGCAGAAGUAGAAAUGUUUGACAGUCGUCCAAAGAAACCUGGCAGGAAGAUCACUUACAAGUGGCUGGACCACGAAGAUCCUGAUUUUGAGGUUGCCAGGAAGAUUAAGGUUUUGACCAGAAAGCAUGCUGCUGAAACCGAAUUCCUGCUCAAUCAGCAUCAACUCAAGGAGGAGGAAAACCUUGCAAACCAGCAGCUGGAGACCUUGAAAGCGCACUAUAAGAAAUAUGAGUUGAUAGAUGGUGUCCUAUCUGACAAUACUGCCAAGAAAUUAGCAGAUCGAUACAGGAUACCUCUUUCAGAUGCUUGAAAGAGUUCCUCUUCAAUUUGAUUUAGCAUGUGAACAUUUGUGGUAGCUGUAUAUGCUGUUUGCGCUUCGUUUUGUAUAUAAGUUUUGUCACUGGAGGUGAUUUGGCAUUCACUGCAAUCUUAAAAGAGCUUAGAUUAGUUGCAGGCUUGUGCUUA